CUCUCGUGGGCCGGAGUAUAGAAAGAUACCGCGAGUAUAAAUAACCGACGUGUAGUACACUAGUACUCCAUAUUCAACUAUUGUUGUAGUAGUGAACUUACUGUGCACACUAUUGCAGUUCUAUAGUGCAUACAGGUACCUACAGUGUUCUGUGUUAUAUACUUAUGCGUAGCAGUUAGGUACCUACUUAAAUCUCUGCAUUAAUGUAGGCAUUAUCAUUUUAUUUGGUCCGUACAGUCGACUAAGUACUUGGUACAGUGUUUUGCGGGUUUAAUAGUUACAACCUUCCAAUCACUUUUUUAUAGGCGGUCAGUGCCUAUACUCGGGAGUCAGGAUCAGUCCGUGUGUAACGAGGUUCAACAACAGACAGGUGUUGUGUCAAUAAUGAAAUGGACGCCUUACAGAAAUCAUUGUGUACAAUUGAUCUAAAGCAAAUUAUGGAAUCCAGUGGACGUGAACCAACAACUUUUAAAAAUAACUCUCAUUCUGCCAGAAUAUUGGAAGAUUUACAAUCUCUACGCAAAAACCAAGUCUUAUGUGAUAUAAAAUUAAAAACCGAUGACAACGAAAUAGUUUAUGCACAUAAAAAUGUUUUAAUAACAGCUUGUCCAUAUUUCCGUGCAAUGUUUAGUCAUUUUGAUGAAAGCAAUAAAGAUCUUAUUAAUAUAAGAGAAUUGGAUUCCACUAUUAUACAACUUUUAAUAGAGUAUAUUUAUACUGGAGAAAUUAUAGUCACAAAAGAAAAUGUACAGGUGUUGUUACAAGCCGCAAAUUUCUUACAGCUGGAUUUUGUAACUGGUGCAUGUGUUGAAUUUUUAAUUCAACGACUGGAUCCUUCAAAUUGUAUUGCAAUCAAAGCAAUUGCUGACUUAUACAACUGUAUGGAAUUAGUCUCAAGUUCUGAUGCAUACAUUAAAAAACACUUUUUAGAAGUGGUUAAAGGUGGAGAUUUUUUAUCUUUAUCUCCUGAAGAUUUGAUUAAGCUUAUCUCAUGCAAUGACCUUGUUGUUCCAUUUGAAGAUAAGGUAUUUGAAUGUGUUAUUAAAUGGGUAAAACAUGAUUUGAAUUUGAGAAAAGAUUUUAUGCCAGAAUUAAUGGAACAUGUACGUUUGCCAUUAUUAGCAUCAACGCCUCAUAUAUUAAAUAAUGUUGUUGAAGAACCUCUUCUUAAAAAUAGUCCUAAAUGCAAGGAUUAUGUAUUUGAAGCGUUACGUUUUAAUCUACAUAAAUCAGUUGAGCAUUUCACCAUUCCCCAAACAAUAAGGUGUAAACCUAGGCAGUUUGGUGGUUCGCAAAAGGUUAUUCUAAUGUUCAAUUGGUCUAAUACAUUGCCCAAGUGUUAUACAGAAUGGUAUGACCCAGCAACCAAACUACGAAAGAAUGCACCAGCGCUGAAUGAUUGUCAUUUGAUGGCUGGUUUUGGUGUCAUAAGAGAUCAAUUUGUGUUUGCUGUGGGAGGUGUAAAUCUAUCAAGUUCGAAAUCUGUUAGUAUGCUUGAUGUAUCUUCACAAUCGCCCUUUUGGGUUCCAAUGGUGGACAUGUUAGUUAGUCGAAAACUUUCAGGAGUCGGAGUAUUAGGCGAUUCCAUAUAUGCUGCUGGUGGAAGUGAGGGCCGCAAAAUAUUAAAAAGUGUGGAAGUAUUUGAUGUCACUUAUCAAAAAUGGCGAAUGGUGUCUAAUAUGUCAAUUACGAGAAGUAAUUUGGGUGUUGGUGUACUCAACAAUAAAUUAUACGCUGUAGGAGGUUGGAGUGGUUCAUUAAGGUUGAAAUCUGCGGAAUUUUACGAUCCCGGCCUUGACACAUGGUCACCAAUUGCAGACAUGUCUGUGAGUCGCAAUGGUGUCGGUAUUGGCGUUUUAGAUGGGGUAUUAUAUGCUAUUGGUGGUCAUACAGGAUCCGAAGUCCUUAAAAGUGUCGAGGCAUAUAAACCAAGUGAGGGACUUUGGACUUCUAUUGCAGAUAUGCAUUUGUGCCGAUUGAGGCCUGGGGUAUUCGCUAAGGAUGGCUUAUUAUAUGUCGUUGGUGGUGAAACCGAAAAAUCUAUUGUUGACACUGUAGAAAUUUACAACAAAAUGACUGAUACUUGGACUAUGGAGACAUUGUCGAGAUGUGGAAUACAAAUUUAUGGUGGAGUAGUCGUUGAUAGACCACCACAUUUUACAUCUAAUUAGGUUACAGAAUGGUUUCAUUGUUGCUUGAUGGUAGUUACAAUGUAUAGUGUAUACAUAUGUCAUAUGACAUAAUUACGUAUAAUUUAUGGUGAAACAUGUAUUUUUGUUCUAUACAUUUUUCUUUUUUGUGAAUAUUUGAUAAAAAGGCUUUUGUAAUGUUUAUAUUGACUAUUUAAAAUUAAA